AUGGAAGCAAUAAUUAGUAAUAGCAAUUCCUCGAAUGAGGGAGAGCCUAAUGAACGUCGAGAUGAUGAUUCUUUACCAGCUAAUAAGAAUUUCUCUUGCAAAUUUUGUAAGAGAGAAUUCUCGAGUUCUCAAGCUCUCGGUGGCCACCAAAACGCUCAUAAAAGUGAGCGUGCCUCGGCAAAAAGGCGCCAAGGGUUGAUCGAUACCUUUGUCAACUCGCGCUACCAUCCUUACUAUCCUCGCCCCUACUCAACUUUUUCGUCACAAAUGCCCAUCUAUAACCCUUUGAUCAAUAGGUCCCUUGGAAUGCCCAACUUUCCUAGGCUGCCUUUCUAUCAUCAACCGUUACUUUUGGGACAAAACUACUCUCGCCUUGACAUGAUAAGGCCAGCAAGUAAUCUGAUGAUCAAUAAUGGUCCUUUUGCGACGACUUCCGUCGCAAAUUCAUCUAAACUGGAUAUCAACAUGGGUCAAUUUACUUCUACGAUUAAAGUUGAUGGUAAUCGUACUUUUGCAGGUGAUUCAAAAACUGAAGGUCAAAACAAUCCUUUAUUGAGAGAUGAUAAGAAGGGAAAGGAUGAAGAAGAUGCUUGGGGGAUCAAUUUGACUCUGAAGCUUUAA